AUGGAAGAAAGGGUGGCGAGCCUGUUGGAGGAGCUCAGGGAAGGGCCCUCCCCAGCAGACGGACUCCUCCUCUCCUGCCUGGACACCCUGGCUGUGAUGUACUCCUCCGUGCAGUCCAAAAACCCCCUCAAGAGGGCUGUCGCCAGCACCCUGAGCUCGGUGCCGGUCUGGCUGCAGGCACAGGCGGGCGGCCGUCUGUCUGCCUGUCUGUCUGACCGUCUGUCCGCAGCAGGUCCGGAGCGCUACCCCCACCUCACAGACACGCUCGCCUCCUGUCUGGACGGGUUCCCCUUGGGUGAGAGGUGCAUUCACAGUUUACUAACAGAGGUGCUACAGUUCUUCCACAAAGCCCUGUGUGAAUACCUCCAGCAGAACAGCGGGCUGGCGGGUCGUCACGUGGCGCAGGCCCAGGUGAUGCACGCCUGUCUGUCUGUGGUCAAGACCUCCAUGCUGGUGGUGCAGAGGUCCCAGGAGCUCGUGAGUGCCGCCCUGCUGGCAGAGCCCCCGCCCGCACCCUGUGCCCUGUGGGACACCCUGAACGCCCUGCUCGCCUGCUACACCCGCAUCCUCACUGAUGAGGAAUUUGUGCAGGCCAUCCAGAGCACAGCUGGGAUGGCGGUGGUCCUCCUGACCAGGUGCAUGCUGGGAAACGGGGACAAAGUGGCUGAAGUUGUUGCAGGUCUGUUGCUCGGUCCAGAGCAGGGAGAGGACAGCGCCCCCGUGUGGCUGCAGCAGUGCUGUGCAGGGCUGUACCGUAGUGACCGGCCCCCGGCCGUGUCUCUCUUCCUGUGCCACGGGGCCCUGGCCAUGCUGAGCUGGCGUGGGGGGCCCCUGGGGCCCGAGGCAGAGAGACUGCUGCUGCUGGUCCCCACGACACUGCUCUCCCUCGACACCAGUGUGAAGGAGUCCAGCACGGCGAUGGUUGUCUCUCGUGUUCUGGCGCUGUGGAGCAGCGUGGCUCUGGACAGCCUGCAGGGGGCGCCCUCCUCCUCCUCCUUCUCCUCCUCCUCCGGCCUGCGGGAGGCGCUGCUGGGCGGCGCCGAGCUCUCGGGCCGCCUGCAGGAGCACGUCCAGGCCCACUGGGACCACCCGCUGGACGGGGUGCGGCACCAAACCCGCGCCCUCUUCCGGAACCUUCUCCUGCUGCACCAGGCCUGUUCCGGGGAGCCCGACCCCGCUGACGACCCCUUCGUCACAGGCCUGACGCGGCGGCUCCUGGGGCUGGAGUGGCACGUCCGGGGGAAGUACGCCUCCCUGGCCUGCCUGGCGGAGCACCUGGGGGCCUGCCGGCUGCUGGACCUCCACCCCGCCCUGCCCGCCCGCCUCCUCUCCCUGAUGGACGACCAGGCCCUGGCCCCUCACGCCGGGGACCUGCUGGAGAGGCUGUUCAUCAGCCACAAGGCCCAGCUGAGCGGCCCGGCUGGGGCUGGGUCAGAACCGGGGUCAGAACCGGGGGCCGGGCCUCUCUGGAUGGAGGAGUGGAACCGCACCUGGGUCUCCCCCCUGCUGGGGGUGCUGUGCCGGGCCCGGCUGGACCAGACCUCCUACGUCCUGGACUACCUGCUGCCCAAACUGCUGCGCUGCUGUCCCGCCAGCCUGGGUCACAUGGUGCAGGCCCUGCAGAACGCCCAGCUCGGCUCCUCAGGUUCCCCAGGCAGUAGGGGUUCCCUGGGGGCUCUGAUGACGUGUUUGCGGGCUGCCCGUGCCCACGGAGUGGACCACCCUGCUCAGGAGGGGCUUUGGGGUGGGCUGGUUUCCCCCUCCUUGCUCCAGCAGGCCCUGGUGCACAAGCACGACCAGGUGCGGAUGGACGCUCUGGGGCUGGUGUGUGAGAGUCACCGCAGCACGGAGACCGUCUCCAGGGAGGAGAUGGAUCUGAUUCGUCACUUCCUGCCUUGCAGCCUGAACAGCCAAUCACCGGGGGUCAGGCAGCAGACCGUCAGCCUGCUUAAGAAGCUCCUGUGCCGGGUGAAAGACAGUGCCCAGCUGCUGCAGAGGAGGCUGGGACAGGAGAGGGGUGAGAGAGAGGAGAAGGAGGAGGACCAGAGGACCCUGGAGAAGUACCAGGGUUUCCUGCGCUGGUUCUGCGAGACCCUGUUUGCGGUUCUGGUCCCCGGCGCCUCCUUCCCCACCUGCAUCACCGCUCUGCACCUGCUGGGCCUGGCGGCCGACCUCUUCACCUUCUCCCCCGGACCCGCCGGAUUCGCUCUGGGGGACACCGUGAGCCCCGCCCGCGCCCAGGCUGUCCUGCACUGCCUCGCCAGCAACUUCCUGGAGGUGAAGCAGCUGGCCUCCACGUUGCUACGGAAACUGCCCCCUCCGGCCGUCGGGCUGCAGGACCCGAGCAUGAUGAGGUCGCUGCUGCGCGUGGCCCUGGACCUCAGCACCAGCACCAAACCCUUCGACAGCGUCACGGCCGCCCACCUGCUCGGCCUGCUGGCUCACCAGGAGGAGCUGGUGGAGGCUCUCGUCCACUGUGCCCAGGAGCAGGGCAUCCCCUUCCAGCCGCCCGCGCCAGGCGAGCCCCAGGCUUCUCCGGCCUCCAUCCUGGAGAGGAACACCCUGGGAGUGGUACAGGUGCUGUUGCUGUGUCUGAAGGCGGAGGUGGUUCAGGCUGAGGCGUCUCUGCUGCAGGCUGCUGCAUCCUACCCGCUAUACGGCCGUGCACACUGCGUUACUGCUGCCCUGAAGCAGCUGCCUGCUGGGUCUCUCUCUCUGACGGCCCAGUGGAGGUCUGUAGUGGCCGACCUCAUCACCACGUCCUACAAAAUGUCCGACGUCGUGUCCCCCGUCAUCCAGAGCUCCUCCCCCGAGGGACUCAUCCCCAUGGAUACGGAUUCUGAGACGUCCGCCGGUCUGCAGAAAAUCCUUCAGGAGAUCCAGCCCCGCGACACAAACGACUUCUUUGCCGAUGCCCGUGAGCUUGAGUCCCACGCUGAGGAACAACCCGGACAGAUACCUCGGUCCGAGAGCACAGGGGGCGCUGGGGAGGGGUACCGUGUCACGGCUCAGAUGGUGCUGGUGUGCUGCUGGAGGAGCAUGAAGGAGGUGUCCAUGCUGCUGGGGCAGGUGUGUCAGGAUAUGCCCCUCCUGACCAGAGAGGGGCAGGGGCACGGGGUCAUCACCGAGGAACAGGUGGAGGGGGUGGGUCGGUACUUCCGGCAGCAGCUGCUGCAGUCUCGGCACAGGGGGGCGUUCGAGCUGGCGUACGUGGGGUUCGUGCGUCUCACGGACAUGCUGUGCAGGAGCGGCAGCCGGAGCCUGCAGCAGCUGCCCUCCCAUUGGCUGAAGGAGGUUCUGGAGGAGGUGAAGUCCAGCGACCCCUCGUCGAAACUGUGUGCCACCCGCCGCAGUGCAGGCAUCCCCUUUUACAUACAGGCCCUGCUCUCCUCCGAGCCCAAAGCCUCCAGCUGCAGCCUGCUGAAGAUGACCAUGAAGGAGCUCACCAGCCUGGCCACGCCCAAACCUGACUGUCUGACCAACCACAGCACUGUCCCGCAGGUCCACGCUCUGAACAUCCUGCGGGCCCUGUACAGGGACACGCGUUUGGGGGAGAACAUCGUUCCCUUCGUGUCGGACGGGGUGCAGGCUGCAGUGCUCGGGUUCACCUCCCCCGUCUGGGCUGUGCGGAACUCCUCCACCCUCCUCUUCAGUACGCUCAUCACCCGGAUCUUUGGAGUGAAGAAGGGCAAAGAUGAGCACUCCAAAAAGAACAGCACAGCCGAGGAUGAGCCCUUCCCGCAGCAGCGCGCCUUGGCCACCAGGGGGCAGUGUAGCCCCACCGGCACAGCCUCUCCCCUGGCCCAGGCUCCAGGCCUCGUCAGGGUGAUUACAGUGCCGUGCGGCUGCCUCUCCUGCCUGCUGCUCUGCCUCAUUCCUGUCCUGGCUAAGCCCCUGGAGCUGGAGGAGACCUGGCUGUCCCAGAGCAUGCUGGGAUAG